AUGAUGCGCACUUCUCUUCUCCGUGCAGGCCUUCGCGCCACCACUACCAGAACUACCACUAUGGUCCCCCGCGUCGCCGCCUCUACUCACGCAAUCUCAAACCCAACUUUAGCCAACAUUGAGAAGCGAUGGGAGGUCCUGCCGCAAACCGAACAGGCCGAGCUGUGGAUGGCUCUCCGCGAUCGCAUGAAGGAGAACUGGGCUGAACUUACCCUCCAGGAAAAGAAGGCCGCAUACUGGAUCGCCUUCGGUGCCCACGGUCCCCGUGCCGUGCCGCCUGCUGAUGAGAAUCGCAAAGUCGCUUUGUAUGUUGCUCUAUCUUUGCUCGUUGCUUUCGGACUUUUCGCCGGCAUGCGCUCGUUCGCCGGCCCCGCACCCAGCACAAUGACUCGGGAAUACCAAGAAGCCAGUAACGAGUUCCUCAAGAACCAACGCGCCGAGCCUCUCACUGGUCUUACCUCCGAAGGUUACAGCGGCAAGGGCAUGGUCCAGUCUCCUCCCAAGAACUAA